ACCACCGCCGUGGGCCACCGUCCCCUCGCCGGAGUUCACUUCGAAAUCUCCUUCUGAAUCCAGAGCCCAUCGUUCCUUUGCUGCAGUAUAUUUCUAGUUAGCUUCACAUACAAAUGGCGAUUGUUUCAGGGUUGGCUUUCUCAGGUAUAAGAAGCCUGGCAAUUGGUGCUGGUUACCCUAAGCUGCCAUUCGAGAAUCAUAAUCAUGAUGCACACACAUUUAGUAAAUUCCAAAGAGGAACUGCAUCAGUUUUGGGAAAGUAUCCAAAAGUCCAGAUCCCUUAUUCGCAUCUUCGAUAUCAGGGCAGAACACAUAUUUUAUCUGCAGGAAGAAACCAUCAUCUGAACUACAAUGAUGAUUCGCAUUCAGAACCUUUUUGGUUAAACCUGAUUAGAGAGGCUAUCUGGACAACUCGAAGUUUACUUCUAUUUUUAGUUGAACAGCCCAGCCAGCUGAAGUAUAUUGAGUGGCCAAGCUUCCAGAGCACGACAUGAUUUGCGAGACAGAGAAGUGGUAAAUCUCAUUUUCCCAGAUGCAGUUAGUGUUGUAAAUUUAAGGCUGUGACUCAUAGAUAUUUAGAAGACCUGAUUCAUAAUACCAGGAGUGCAUUUUGGAAUCCAUUGCACCCUAAUCUUUUUCCUUUCUGUAUCUUUUAUGAUAGUGAAGCCAUGGCCAGAUUAGGGGUUUUAGUGUGUAAUGAGAUACUUCCUGAGUUGAAAUUCUGAACAAGUAGCCAUUGUCCACUGGUCUUCCACGUAAUGUUGGAUUGCUUUUAAAUGAAGCAUAAGUUGAUUGAAAUAGGAUGGUCAGUGAUACCGAUAGAUAUGUACUGAUUAACUAUUCCGCUGGGAGAAAUAGCUCGUUUGCUGUAUUUUCAUUUUCUCUUGGAUAGACAAUUGGAAGCAUCCAUUGAGCUAUUCUGUUAAGUUUGUCAUAUUGCCCAUUAUUGAAUUAUCUAUCUUUUGUUG